GUUCUUUUCACAGUUUUUCUGUUCUUAAUGGUUUCUUGGGUGAUUUUCCGGGAUGUUCCAAGUGAUAUUACAAUAGAAGUGAAUGGAGGGGCUUUCUCACUGCAUAAGUUCCCUCUUGUCUCUCGAAGUGGACGCAUCAGGAAGCUAGUUGCUGAACAUAGAGAUUCUGAUAUCUCAAGGGUGGAGCUUCUUAAUCUACCAGGAGGCGCUGAAACAUUUGAGUUGGCAGCAAAAUUCUGUUACGGUAUUAACUUUGAAAUCACUUCAGCAAAUGUUGCGCAGCUGUGUUGUAUAUCCGAUUUUCUUGAGAUGACAGAAGAGUUCUCAAAAGAUAAUCUUGGCUCGCGUGCUGAAGAGUAUCUCGAAAGCAUUGUUUGCAAGAGUCUUGAAAUGUGUGUUGAAGUUUUGCAACAAUGUGAGGCUUUACUUCCUCUAGCUGAUGAGCUAAGAGUAGUUAGCCGCUGCAUAGAUGCAAUAGCCUCAAAGGCCUGUGUGGAGCAAAUUGCUUCAAGCUUCUCGCGGUUGGAGUAUAGCAGCUCAGGGAGGCUCCACAUGAACAGGCAAGCCAAAUGUGAUGGGGACUGGUGGAUAGAAGAUCUAUCUGGCCUACGAGUUGACUUGUACCAAAGAGUCAUAACAGCCAUGAAGUGUCGUGGAGUUCGCCCUGAGAGUAUUGGUGCAUCCCUGAUGAACUAUGCUCAGAAGGAGUUGACAAAGAAGUCCAGCUUAUGGAAUCCACCUGGCCAGACAAAAGUUGAUGUAAUCUCAGUUUCAACAGGGAAUGAAAAACUUGUGGUUGAAGCCAUUGUCAGCCUCCUGCCUGUUGAGAAACUUGCUGUUCCAAUCAAUUUCCUUUUCGGGCUUUUGCGAAGUGCAGUGAUUCUUGAUUGCACAAUUGCUUGCAGACUUGAUCUGGAGAGGAGGAUUGGGUCUCAGUUGGACAUUUCUACUCUUGAUGAUCUUCUGAUACCAUCUUUCAAGCACUCUGGUGACACUUUGUUUGAUGUGGAUACGGUGCAUAGGAUUUUAAUUAAUUUUUCUCAGCAAGAGGAUAGUGAAGAAGAAAUGGAAGAUGGUUCUGUUUUUGAAUCUGAUAGUCCUCAUUCGCCUUCCCAGACUGCACUUUUUAAGGUUUCAAAAUUAGUGGACAACUACCUUUCUGAGAUUGCUCCUGAUGCAAACCUCAAGCUUGCUAAAUUCCUAGUCAUUGCUGAUGCUUUGCCUGAACAUGCACGAACUGUUCAUGAUGGCUUAUAUCGAGCCAUCGACAUCUAUUUGAAAGCCCAUCAAAGCUUAUCAGAUACUGACAAGAAGAAGCUCUGCAAGCUAAUUGAUUUCCAAAAGCUCUCUCAAGAAGCCGGAGCACAUGCUGCACAGAAUGAGCGCCUUCCUCUCCAGUCGAUUGUACAAGUUCUUUAUUUUGAGCAAAUAAGGCUCAGAAAUUCCUUGGGGUGCUCUAAUGGUGAAGAUGAACACAAGCCAAUGCACCAGUCAUGGAGGAUCAGCAGUGGUGCUCUCAGUGCAGCAAUGUCUCCUCGAGACAACUAUGCAUCAUUACGGCGAGAAAACCGUGAGCUAAAACUUGAGCUAGCUCGGUUACGAAUGAGACUAAAUGAUCUUGAGAGAGAGCAUGUCUGUAUGAAGAGGGAUAUGCAAAAGUCCAACUCUCAUAAGUUUAUGAGUUCCUUCUCUAAGAAAAUUGGCAAGCUAAGCUUUUUCGGACAUAGUUCUUCAAGGGCAUCCACUUCUCCAUCAAGACAAUCAUAUAGAACUGAUUCUAAGGUGAUCGAUAGAACGUGUGCAAGCAUAGAUUAGGUAAUCCACAUUACCAAGAAAUGUUUUUGUUUUGCUGAUGAACUGCAAGUCAUGCUU